AUGGAGCGGCUGCUGGGUGCCGCGCUGGCACGCGCGCCCGCGGCAGGGGGCGGCGCCAGUGGCGCGACGGUGCCGCGGGUUGGCGGCGGCGGCGAGCCCGCGGCGACGGUGGUGACGGCACGGGAGGUGCUGCUGGCGGCCUCGAGUGACCCCGCGCUGUCAGCGCUGUUCCUCCACGGCGGUGCAUCCGUCGCGGGCGCCGGCGCAGCGCCCUCCAUGCGUGCCGCGCUGCUGCCGGACCCCAAGCGCGAGCCCCUCACAGCCGUGCUCGCCGCCCUGGCCGCGCUGCGGCCCCGCACCGCCAUGGCGGCCGGCGGCGGCGCGCUGGUCUUCCCGGCCGACCUGCACCACUACUGCGGCUACGACGGCGGCCCCGGCGGCGCCGCAGCGCGCUGCUGCUUCCUGUCGGGCCGACAGUGCGGCCGCUGCGCGGAGCUCACCGCCGCGGCGGAGCGGGGGCAGUCACUUGAGGAGCGCCUGGCCGCAUGCCGCGCCUCUCUGUUGCGGUACCUACCCGCGCUCGAGCCCCUGCCGCUGCCCGGCUCGGCCGCUGCCGCUGCCUCGUCGUCAACAAGCUCUGCGCGGAACAGCAGCGGCGGCGGGCCAUUGUCGGGGGCGGCGCCGCGGCUGUCGGCGGAGCAGGUGGAGGAGUUGCUGGAGGGGGCGCGGCUCUACGCGCUGCAGCGCGCCUGGUGGUUCGACCCAGAGCUGCGCCGCGCCGACGGCGGCGGCGGGAGAGACGGCGGCGACGCCGCCGCGGCCGCCGCGAUCGGCGCCGCGCUGCCGCGGCUGCGGGCGCUGACGGCGCCGCUGCGCGACGUGGAGGCGCUGCGGCAGGUGACUGAGGAGCAGGGCGCCGCGGGCGCCGCGCGGCCAGCGUGGGCGGAGGAAGAUUUCCAGCAGAUGGCACUGGACGCGCUCGAGGACGCCCUCGCACCGCACAGCGGCGAGGGCGGCGGCGGCACUGGCGGGCCUGGCAGCAGCAGCGGCCGCGGCGCCGCAGAGGGCAGCAGCGGGAUGGCAGUCGAAGGGGUCGGCAGCGCGGACGGCGGCAGCGGCGGCGGCACGGCGGCGGCGGCGCUGCCGCAGGACUACGAAAUGGAGCCCGAGGCGCUGGAGGCGCUGGCAGCGGCGGCGGAGGCGCUGCUGACGGAGCAGUUUGCGGCGGCGCAGGGGCUGGCGCUGGGCGCUGGCCGGCAGGAGGUGACGCCGGCGGACCUGCGGGCGGCGCUGCGGGCGGGGGGGCUGGGACACCUGCUGCCACCGAGUGCCGUGGAGGAGGCACGAGAGCGUGUGCUGCACGGGCUGCUGUGA